GGGGUCCAGGGGCUCCUGGUCCCGGUUUUACUUGAUGUAACUUUAAUGUAAUAAAGUCGUCCAGUGAUAAUGAGCUGUUACCUGUCCAGGUGAGAGGAGAGGGAGGGGGAGGAGGGGGGAGAUAAGAGUAAUAAAACCAGUCACGUGACGUCAGCAGGUUUUAACGGGCGGAUGAUGGGCAGCGCGCGCAGAUCCUCAGAGCGCGAGGACAGGUGAGGACAGGUGGAGGUGUGACAGGUACACACACACACACACACACACACAGACAGAGCCAGAGCCUCAGACCGGGACCCGGACCCCGACCCUCUCAGGCUGGAGCCGCAGUAUGCGGAGGGGGGCCCCUCUCCUGGGAAGAUGUACGUCAGUUACCUGCAGCUGGACAAGGACCCGGCCAUGUACCCGCACCAGGCCCCGGGGGGCCGCCACCCCGGCCUCAGCCUCAGCCCGCAGACCUUCGCCCCGCCGCAGUACCCGGACUUCCAGUACCACCCGCACCACCACCCGCACCACCACCCGGGGCUGUCCGGGGACCAGCAGGGGGCCCCGGGCCCCGGCGGCUGGAGCUCGGCCUACCCGCCCCCGGUGCCCCCGGCCCGGGAGGACUGGUCCGGGCACCACUACGCUGCUGCGGCGGCGGCCUCCGCCUCCACGGUGCCCGGGGUGGUGGGCCCCGGCCUGGGCUUCAGCCCGCCGGACUUCCCCGGCCAGCCGGCCGCGCUGCUGCCCGGGUCCCUGAACGCCUCCUCCGGCCAGAUGUCCCCCGGGUCCCCGCAGAGGAGGAACCCGUACGACUGGAUCCGCCGGAGCUCCGCACCGCCCGCCAACCCCAACGGGAAGACGCGGACCAAAGAUAAAUACCGGGUUGUUUACACCGACCACCAGCGCCUCGAGCUGGAGAAAGAGUUCCACUACAGCAAAUACAUCACCAUCAGGAGGAAGGCGGAGCUCGCCACCUCGCUGGGCCUCUCCGAGAGACAGGUGAAGAUCUGGUUCCAGAACCGCCGGGCCAAAGAGCGAAAGAUCAACAAGAAGAAGCUCCAGCAGCCGGCGUCCUCCACCACCACGCCCACGCCGCCCACCGCGGGGGGCAGCGGCGGCGGCGCGGGGGGCGGUGGCGGUGGCGGCAACCUCCAUGGGAGCAGCGUUGCCAUGGUGACCAGCAGCAGCGGCGGCGGCAGCAACGGGCUGGUGUCUCCGUCCUCGCUGCCGCUCAACAUCAAAGAGGAGUACUGACACGUUUCACUGGACGCUGGCGGCGGAGGAGUGGACUAAAAUAAUUAUUCUCCCCAAAAGAACUGUUUGGGUCACUUCCUGCGUCUCGCCACGUCAAAACGCCAAAGACAGACUGCUGCUGCUGCAGAAUAAUCUUCUCCUGAUCAGACGUUUUCCUGCCGGAUGUCGUGAACGAACUCUAAACCUCAACGAGUCUGAACGUCGUGUCGACCUCAGGUUGUUUCUACAAGCUGUGUUCUCGCUUUUAACUCCAGCGGAGAUCCCAAAGUUACCAAAAAGACUUCCAUUUGAUGGAAUGAUGCAGAUAUAGAGAAACUCAAAUUUUACAAAUAUUGGAUUGUGGCCGCUCCAUAAACUGCUGAUAUCUGCCCGACAUAUGGCCACAUUCCCUAAAGAGAAGCAAUAAUAAUUAUAUCACAGUGCCAACACGCCCAUAAAGUUUUAAAGCUCAAUUUGUCUCAUUUUUACACGAUGACAGUGAUUUUAAUGAGUUUAAAUGUGCUGCAGGUUAACCCUAUAAAGCCUGAACCUUGAUAAUUGCCAGAAAAUUCAAUUUUUUCAAAAAAAAAAGUGUUUAUUGAAUCUGAUGAUAAAUAAGUAUAAAUUUGCAUAUAUGAAUUCAAAAUUUUAUCAUAUUUGAUACAUCAGGUCCUGUUGUGCAAUUUGUUGUUCACAGUUUGUUUUUCUUGAAUUAACAAAAAACCUAUAAAACGUAACAUUUUUAACCUUUUAAAACUUUCCUUUCAACAUUUACCCCAACAUACAAAAUACAACAUUUCCAUAUAACACAUCAAACAUCUGCUGAAAUUAAGUUUUCACAAAAUUGAUCCCUGGAGGAUUAUCCCGGUACUGCAUGUAUCUGAUUGUAUACAUCAAGUUUUUCAGGAAAAAAAAUAUCACACUGAUAAUGUAGAGGUCUCAAAAACUCUAUCAAAUCAAAUAUGAUACACUUGGCUUUAUAGGGUUAAUAUGUGAAGCCUGAAUAACUCCCAGUCUGACACGUUCUCGGGCUGAUCUUGUGCUGGUUUUUUUAUAUGUUCGUAACCACAAAGACAAAUGCAGUAGGCCUCCAUGGAUGAUUUAAAUCAGUCAGGACCUGAUUUAAUUAAUGUUCUGUGCUCGUCUACUCACACACUCAGUCCGCGUCCACAUAGUGAGCAUAUGUGAGAGAGUCAGACUGAGCCAGAAAUCAAGAUAAAGGACCCCAAAACAAUGUCCUUCGUCCUUAUAAAUGUGUUUUAUUCACCAGCAGCUGUCUGCAGACACUAAUAAUAUGUAUAGGGGGCGAUUUUCCAGCAAAUGUUUGCAU